AUGCCAUCAUCCACACAAGACUCACAGAACCUUCUGAGGAAGUCCUUGUCUACACGCUCCAUGCGCAGGGCAAGGAGACCUGCCUCAGACGAUGCGCCACCAACGCCUACUGUCACCACGCAACAUCCGGUCGCCGCUGCCGCUGCAUCGUAUGCAAUGCAAUCCGGCCAAAUUCCAUAUCGAGACCUGAUAGGCCCAUACAAUCAACUCGAUGGUCCGGCAAGCUUUCCUGUCCCCGGACAACAGCCCCGAGCAGGUCAUCACAGCAGCGGCGAGAACCCCUUCAUGGGUCAGCAGUAUCCACUGAUAAGUGAAUUCCUAACGACAUGA